AUGAUACCAAAAAAUCCUUUAAAACCGGGGGUCAUCCCUUACCAGGAUGAUGAUUUUAGGAUAGAAAACAAUUCUGCAAGACCAAGACUACCUCAUUUCAUCUCAACCUCUGACAAUUUUUAUAAACCUGUGGAUAUCCCAAUCAAUAAGAGAAAUUUCAUAUAUUGUCCCUGUGCUCCAAAUCCACUUUUUCCUCAAUUAGGAUAUUGUACUACAGAGUAUCCCUUCGAAUCAUCAGGUUUUAAUUUGAUGGAUCGAUCUGCUGGGAUCUCUAUUAAGGAUAAAUUAAAUAAGACCGUUUCGGUUGGUCCCACUAUGGGUUGGCGGACCAGUAGAUCAGAUGUAUGUAUUAAGGAAGGUGCUGCUUAUUGGGAAGUAGAGGUAGUUAAAGGUGGUACUACAGUGCCUGUACCUUCUGAUAAUAACAUUUUGAAAAAAGACACCAUUGAUUGCAGUCCUCACUUGAGAUUUGGUGUCAGUAGAAGGGAAGCUAGCUUGGAAGGACCUGUAGGAUUUGACGUAUACGGCUAUGGCAUCCGUGACCAAGGUUUAGAAUCCUUCCAUGAGGGAAAGUUGCGGAAAGUUUUAAACUCGGAUCAGUACCAGUUGAAACAAGGUGAUGUUUUAAGUUUUAUAUUAUAUCUUCCUCAAUUAAACGUGCAAGUAAAUCAAGCUAAAGAAUAUACCAUUCAAAGAAUCAAUGCAUUGAAAAAUGCAUCCAAAUCAAUGAAAACACAUCGCACAUCGACUACAGAACAAUGGAAUAGCCAUAACAAUAGUGAGGAACCUGCUACCAAGAAAAGACAAAAAAUAAAUAAAAACACGGAUUUCCACUUAGCUCUAUUAGAAGAUAUUAAAUAUAAUGAUAUAAUAAGAGACCAUAUUGCUAUUAGAUAUAAGAAUCAAUUAUUUUUCGAAGCUACAGAUUAUAUUAAAACUACAAAACCAGAAUAUUAUUCAUCAGAUAAAAGAGAAAGACUGGAUUAUUACCGUUUGGAUGAAUCUUUCUUGGCUGUUUAUUGUAAUGGAAAAUAUCUAGGUAAAGCAUUUCAAGAUUUAGACCCAUUUUUACCACCAUUCAGUGAAUUACAGUAUAAUGAAAAAUUUUAUUCAGGAUAUUGGCGUAAUGGUGAAUAUAUAGAAGAAUAUAAUAACAAUUCAAAUCAAACAGAUUCAGAAGAUAUGUACCAACGAUCCUCGAAAAACAAAAAUUCAAAUUUGCAUGGCCAUAAAAAGGGACUGCUACUACGUAACAAAUAUGUCAAUAAUAAUAGAUUGGGAUAUUAUCCUACUGUAAGUUGUUUUAAUGGCGGAGAAGCUAAUAUAAUAACAGAACGAGAAAAGUUAAAAUAUUUUGAUGUUAUUACACCUCCAGAACCUUUAGAUAUUAAAGAUAUCAAGACUCUAAAUACACUUUUUAUGGAACAAGUAGCUGAUGAUAUUGUAUGGGAUAUUAUUGAUGAAGUUGAAGAGGAAAUAAAUAGCAAGAAAACUUUUAGCAUUUAUGAUUUCAAACAAAAUGGUAGCGUGAAGAAUGAGAAUGAUAGUGAUCUUCAUAAUGUUUAA